UCACGUUUCCGGAGAUUGGCGUUGCUCUUGUGUUCUCGCGAGAGGCGGGAAAGGGCGCAGGGUUUGAAACAUGGCGGACGACGUAGACCAGCAACAAACUACCAACACUGUAGAGGAGCCCCUGGAUCUUAUCAGGCUCAGCCUAGAUGAGCGAAUUUAUGUGAAAAUGAGAAAUGACCGAGAGCUUCGAGGCAGAUUACAUGCUUAUGAUCAACAUUUAAAUAUGAUCUUGGGAGAUGUGGAAGAAACUGUGACUACUAUAGAAAUUGAUGAAGAAACAUAUGAAGAGAUAUAUAAAGUUCGCCCCCUUGGUUCAGUCCCCCUAGGUCUAUGCAGGCUACGAGUGGCACUUGAACAGGCGACAGUCCGAACACAGGGACUACGAGGACAUGAAAGAAGAAGGUCUGUUGGAGCAGAGGAACUGAAGUUGAAAUGUGAAUGGGGACCCCGGGACGAGUCUGCCAGCAGCGUAUAUCACUUAGUAUGGAUGGUAAGAAUCCAGCAGAAAGACAUUGGCAAGUGUUAGAGGAAAAGAGGAAAGUUUAUCCAAAAGUGUUAUGGAAGUCCCCGGAAAAAGGACGAUGGAAAGGUCCAGUGGAUUUACUGACGAGGGGAAGAAGGUAUGCUUGUGUUUUUACAGGAGAUGGACAAACCGUGUGGGUGCCCUCAAGGUGCAUGCGACCAUGGAAUGGGAGACUGGAGGAACCCAGGGUGGCCAACCAUGGGCCCAGUCCCUCUGAUAUGAUCCAUGAAUCAGCCAAGCCUGAGUGCAAAGAUGGAGAGAAGGCCAACCGGAGUCACGAUACAGUUCUAAUGUUACAUUUGUAAAGAGUAUCACCACUGAAUUUACAGUUUGUGUUUUUAAUCCUUAUGUCUUUUUGGCAGCUAAGAAGGACCAGCUCUAGGUAAAUAAUACCCAAUUGACCUGUAAAUCUUGCCAGUUAUAUCACUGCAUUAAUCAUAGCACAUUGCAAACAUGUAAUAUCUCCACCUUAAUGAUUUUCGGUCUCAUCCCCGGGCUAUGGAUUCCUGUUAAUCUUUCUGAGACUUGGGCUGCCACAUCUGCUUUGCAUUUUGUAAAACUUCUUCUAACUCAGCUAACUCAUUGUGUCCAUAGAGCCUUAGGCAUGAUAAUUUUUGCUAUUGUUUCCUUGAUCACACUAAUAACUUCUGUUGUGAUAUCUUCUGUAGAUUGCAUAGUUCUAUUCAAACAGCUCAGUACAUGGAGAACUGGACACCCACAGCCAGCCAAGCGUGGCUACUUCAGAAUAAAAUUAACACUGAGUUACAAACUGAAGUGGCAAUGUUGAAAUCCAUGGUUCUAUGGUUAGGGGAACAAGUACAAAGCUUGCAAUUGGAGCAGCAAUUGUGUUUUCAUUUUACUCACACUCAUAUUUGUGUAACCAACUUAGAAUAUAACCAAAGUGAGUAUCCGUGGGACCUUGUGGAAGCCCAUCUUCAGGGAGCUUUCACAUCCAACAUCACCCUUGAUAUUGGUGAAUUACAAAAAAAAAUUCUUGAUUUAAAUAGGCAAACUCAAGAAUUUGAGCCUUCUUUAGAAGACUGGACUGGAUUCCAGCAAGGCCUGGAGAGUCUCAACCCUGGGAACUAUCUAAGGCACCACAGUUACAUCUUUUACGUGGUUCUUGGAAUAAUGUUGUUUUGUCUCUGUCUUCUGUUUAUAGUCUGUAAAAUCAGAUGGACUGUCAAUCGGAGAAUAAGAGCUGCCCAGCCUGGCCUUAUGUUCUUUCAAUUAAUUCAUAAACAGAAAGGGGGAUAUGCAGGGAGCUGAAGGCCCGUGGGAUUUGGCAUUCCACUGGAGGCUAUAUGAUCAAACAGCAAACUGUUUAUCAUGAAUGCAGGAUGUGAGCAAACUCACGACUGCUCCUGCCGACAGAUGGUUUGCUGGAGGCAAUCACUCCCUGGCACUGAGAUUAUCUACUGUGACAUCUAGAGCCUGUUGUUCAAGGAAUGCAGUCUUGCAAGCCUACUCUGUACUGAGCAGCUGACCCCUUCUUCCACCCCCCUUCUCACUAUCUCUUUUGCCUAAUAAAUAUGGAGGGCUGUGUAAAGCUCAGGGCCCUUGUCUACUAGAGGCAAAGUGCUCCCUGACCCCUUCUUCCAAAUAUA